AUGCCAAACGUAUUCGAGGCGUGUCUGCGCAAUGUGCCGACUCCAACGAUACUCCUCAAGCGCGACCUGAGUAUCUACUAUGCCAAUGCAACAGCAGAACGUCUUAUUGGCCACAAGUGCAGAGAUUGGAAGGCAACAGGACUCCAUGUAUCGGUGGAACAAUUUGAGCAAUUAGUCAAGGCCAAGACAACGGAUGAAGCCCUUCACGAGGUUGUCAAAGCAGAGAAUCACGAAUACAGACUCUCUCUUGUCGAUGGCGAUGAUGGAGAGCCGAUGUUCAUGGUCAUUGUCAUGCAUUCAGAGCUCGCGACAGAUUACCGGACACUAUUCGACAAGAUGCCUAUGCUUGUUGCGCAAUAUACAGAGCUGGACGUCUUCCACAACAAGGCAUUCCUUCGCUUCUCUGGCUCACAGGAAAGGGAAGCCGACUACCUCAGCAGCAUACAUCCGGAAGACUUGCCGCACUUCAAAAAGGAGUUGGACCUCGACAACAUUGCACUUGCAGAUGAGACGACCAGCGCGGCACAUGCGCAUCGGCUCCGAGGAAGCGACGGCGCGUAUCGAUGGGUUAAGGCCAGCAUCUUUAAGCUUCGCAAGAACAGAACAGUAUUCAGCUUUGAUGUACAUGACUUGUACGUGAUGGCAUCAACAGCAAAGGAUAAUGCAGAGUCACUCCGUCUAACAGAAUUGGAGAACCAACGUCUCAUUAGCUGCGAAAGCACUGCAAAGGAGGGAAGCAGACUCAAGGGAGAAUUUUUGGCGACAACGUCACAUGAGAUUCGAACGCCCAUUGCAGGGGUCAUUGGUAUGGUUGAUUUGCUGCUCGACACAGAACUUGACCGUGAACAGAGAGACUACGCCAACAGCAUUCGCACGUCGGCCGAUGCUCUGCUCACAGUCAUCAACGAUGUGCUCGACUUUAGCAAGAUUGAGGCCGGCAAGCUGCAAAUCACAAAGCAACCGUUUGAGAUGACGCAAAUGAUUAAAGAUGUCGAGACCAUGCUCUCCUUCAUGACCUCAAAGAAGGGACUUGGCCUCAAGGUGCAUAUUGACCCAGGACCAUUCUACCUGUGGGGCGACCGCGGACGUGUACGCCAAAUCCUCACAAAUUUGCUGUCAAAUGCCAUCAAAUUUACACAACAUGGGUCUGUCGCGCUGAGUGUAGAACGCAUGGACGGAGGCUCACCGACACAAAUUCGCAUCAAAUUCUCAGUCAGCGAUACAGGAACCGGCAUGACAGACAAGACCAUUGCGAAUCUCUUUCGCCCUUUUGCUCAGGGUGAUGCUGGUCGCAAAUUUGGUGGCACAGGCCUUGGCCUCAGUAUUUGCAAGCAGCUGACGAAGCUCAUGGAUGGCGAAAUUGGCGUGGAAUCCAAAAUCAACCAUGGGACCACGUUCUGGGUCAUCUUGCCGUUUGAUAAGAGCAGCAGCAAAGCGUUGAUGAAGCAAGCAGCAGAGUCAAGUCAAGCGUCACAUCGCAAGACGGACUCUACGAGAACUUCUUCAAAUACUGAUAGUUCAAACGGAGCUGAUCCUGAGCUGUACUUCAAUGCAAGGUUGAAUGAACUGCUCAAUCUGGAUGAACGUCAGCCUGCCUCAGUCGCAACGGAUUCAAGACGCACCUCUGAAAAUGACGACGGCAUCUACCCGCCACAAAUCAAGCACAAUGAGUCUUUUGACAACCCAGAGCGUCCAAUCAUGAGUCAGCGGCCAAGUUUCAGCCAUCGCUCCUUGUCGACCAUGUCUUCCACAACACUCAAGUCGACUCAUCAGCAUGGCCCAGACUACCAACCUGGAACAGAGACAGAGUCGAGCGAUUCCGAAGUCAUGAUGAGUCCUCGCACAGAAGCGUUACCUGACGACGAUCUUACAGCCCUGCCAGACAUGAGCUUACGAGCCUAUUCUUCGUUUACUAAUCGUCAUCGUGAUGCCCGAAAAGAGAAUCGCUCAGAUGGUGCAUCUGCUGGUAGUUCGCAAACAGCGAGACGGUCUGAGCAGAAUUCAUCAGCAACAACGCAAAAUUACAAGGACAAGACUAUCCUACUGGCUGAGGACAAUGAAAUCAACUGCAAGAUUGCCAUGUCCUUGUUACGUAAGCUUGGAUACAGUUGCGUGACGGUCAUGAAUGGACGUGCUGCGGUUGAUGCUGUGGAUGAGCGGGCGUCAUUUGACUUGGUGCUGAUGGACUGUCAUAUGCCAUUGAUGGAUGGCUACGAAGCGACAAGACUUAUUCGCCAGUCACCGAAUGUGCAUAUGCGUAAUAUCCCGGUUAUUGCACUUACGGCUUCAGCUGUCAGUGGCGAUCGCGAAAAGUGCUUGGCAGCUGGCAUGGAUGACUACCUCACAAAGCCAGUCAAUAAGAAGCACCUGGAGAAGAAGCUUCAAAAGUGGCUCUUUAACUAAGUGUCCUGUCCUGUCAGGGGUUCGCCGACUCGCACGACUGUUUCCUUUCUUUCUUGAUUCUUUUUGGACUUUUCUCUGUUUGAGUGUGUCUUGCUUCGCUGUAUACUGUUCUGCGCUGCGCUUGGUGGUCGUUUGAGGCUGCAUGCUUGUCUAUGUCAUGGUCUGCUUUGGUUUAAUGACUCUAUAUAUCUGUUUUAGGUUGUAGUCGAGACGCAUAUCACUGUCUUGUGCUCUGUUCACGAUGCUGUACCUUUG